AUGCCCAAGUGUCCCAACUGUGGAAAGGAGGUCUAUUUUGCUGAGCGAGUCACCUCUCUGGGUAAGGACUGGCACCGACCCUGCCUAAGGUGUGCCAAGUGUGACAAGACUUUGUCUCCUGGUCAGCAUGCUGAGCACGAGGGGAAGCCAUACUGCAACAAGCCCUGCUACCAGGCUCUCUUCGGACCAAAGGGUGAGGAAAGCCACUAUUUUGCUUCCAAGGAGCUCUUCACAACGACCUUGGCUACAGAGUGA